AUGUUGCACUCUCCUCCUCCCUUUGCUGAUGGGCUUCGCCCCCUCAAAGUCAUCAUUAUAGGAGGUGGGAUUGCUGGUCUAUCUUUGGCGAAUGCCUUUGAAAAAGCCCCUGUCCCGAUCGAAUACGUAAUUCUGGAAGCUCGAGACACCAUUGCACCACAGGUCGGAGCUGGUAUUGCUCUUGCCCCAAGCGGGUGUCGAAUUCUCGACCAAUUGGGUGUGUAUGACGAUUUGGAACAGCUGGUUCAUCCGGUGCAAAGCAGCGGUGUGUGUGAUGGACAGGGAAAGUCGUUAUUGCCCGAGCGGAGUGACACCGCAUUGCUCGUCACUGCGCGCAUGUCAUAUCCGUUGGGAUGGGUCGAGCGUCGAAGUGUCUUGCAAGUGCUGUUUAAGCACAUCUGUCACAAGAAAAGUGUGUUGACGAGCAAGAGGAUGGAUCGGAUCGAACACUCCCGUGAGCAAGAGAAGCCUAUCAAGGUCAUCUGCACCGAUGGCUCUUUCUAUGAAGGCGAUCUGGUCGUGGGAGCCGAUGGAGUUCACAGUAAAACGCGCUCGGAGAUGUGGAGGGCGGUUGAGCAAAAUAUCUGUGAUGAUUUUGAUGUGCAGCAGGAACGUCGAGCCAUGAUGGCUGAAUAUCAGUGCAUGUUUGGUAUCUCUAGCCCCAUUCCGGGGUUGGACGCUGGUAUGACCGACGACACGCUUGCAAGAGACGUGUCUAUGGUAGUGGCUAGUGGCAAGGACGGCAAGAUUUUUUGGUUUUUGUUCAAACGUAUGCCACAAGUAUACCAAAGCCAUGAGAUUCCGCGAUUCGAUAGCGCGGAUGCGUUAAAAUUUGCAGAGCAAUAUUUUGAUUUCCCUGUCCAGUCCGGUGCGAGCAACAUUAAGUUUUCUGAUCUGUGGGAGCGGCGCGAGACGGCAACACUAGUCCCUCUCGAGGAGGCAGACUUCGCGCAUUGGACAGCUGGUCGCAUUGUUUGCUUGGGCGACAGUGCUCACAAAAUGACACCCCAUACUGGGACCGGAGGCAUGCUUGCUCUCGAACAUGCAGCAGUGUUGGCCAACAUAAUAUGCCGGUUGGUGGCCCAGGGAAACAAAUUACCGCUCACAACAUCUCAAAUCGGAAUGGCCCUGAGUCAAUACGAUGAAAAAAGACGACACCGUCGCACCUCCGCUAAAAUAAAGUCUACCGGAGCGUCUGCUCGCAUGCAGACUUUACAGAGUCUUGCGGAUCGGCUUGUUGUUCGUUUCCUUUUACCUUACGCUGGUGAUAUUCGUGCCGAUCAAUUUUGCGAUGAUGCCAUUGGCGCAGAGCAUAUUGAAUACAUGCCAGUUCCAGCGCGCUCUAUGACGGGUUUGAUGCCUUUUAAUCCCAAUCGUGGUAUCGGUAUGCAUGAAAGCAUAUGGCCACGCGUGUUGUGGGCCUUGCCACUACUUGGGAUGGCAGUUGCUGGGUUGUUGACUAUGUUCUCCGUGGCGCCAUUUGAAGAUGCAUACGACUUCCUUGCUCGUCGUCGCUACCGCGAAGUGGAACUCCGAGACAAAUUCUACCACUCUGGUUUGCUCGAUGAUUUCUCCAGGUCGGGAGUCCUGCGCUUCAUAGUCAGUGAAGCGCACUUCUUUUAUCAGCCUUUCUCCUUUUUUGCCGACUAUGGUGUUUGGUAUGGUAUCAUGUUGGUUGAGUCUGCAAGGAGAGCUAACCGACUCAACGUCCUAAGUUUUGCUCUUCUCUGGGGAAUGCUCAAUAUGUGGGGAAUCGCCAUUUUCGUUCCCAUUUAUUACUUUGCUUACUACAUCCUCACGCCAAUUUCCACCUUUGACGCAUCCGACAGGCGUCUAACAAAUCUUUCCUAUACAAAGACUAUCCUGCCAGUGCUUUUGGCUACCCACUAUGCCACUUUUAUGGACGCUUAUCUUUCUCCGGUGCGGUCCCACCGUCAGGCUGCUGGCUUCUUGUGGGAGCUAUUCCCUGUCUGGCUCUCUCUUGCACAGGCGGGCCUUGCUCGAAAAUUCCUCCAACCGAGCACGCUGAAGCAAGAUCGACUCAAUAAUGUUACACGCGAUCUACCGACUAUCCGAACAACCAUUCUCGGGCUUUGUGCCGUUUCGACUGCAGUUUGGCAGUAUACAGUCUGGUGCAGCGAGGACUCGCUUGGAAACAUCUUCAUACCCAUCCGUAGUAGUGUGCAGGGCCAAACUUUUGAACAGCUCUUUGCCGAGUUCUUGAAAUGGGAUCAAGUAUUCUUCGCUAUUCCGAAUUUGUUUUGGAUUAUACUAUUGUUUGCUGAUCUUCGUGCCGCUGGCUUGAUUCAUGCUGGUUGGCUCAAAAUAUCAUUCUCGGCUCUGGGUCUGAUAAUUGCGGGUGGGAAUGGGACGAUGCUAGGAUUGAUGUGGCUGUAUAGGGAAGAGGUUCUGGCAAAGAGACAAGAUCGAGGCGCUGUUGUGCGUCCCAUAGCCUGA